AUGCGGGUCGUGGACAGCAGCAAAGUCCGCCCUCAGUUUUGCAUUGACAUUGCUGGGUGCCACUGGUGCCACGUCGAAGCAGCGCCGUGGGGGUUGGCACAGACAUUGGGGGAAGAGGCGUUUGCGGUUGCGACAAGAGCGCUCAGGUGGAAAAGUGUGUCGGCCCUCAUCUUGACAGAUCCCCGCUUCCGUAAGGGAGUGUACCAACAUGUGCCUGAACGCUUCAAUGUCUACCAUCAUUUCUUUCGUUGGGCUAUUUUCGCUCUUGAUCUCGCUCUCGCUCUCGCCAUGUUGCCGUUGUUAUUGCCAUGGUAUAAUACUCUUAGUAGUCCUAAAAUAAGACUCUACUUUAACUCUUCAAAUUAA